CCGGCGCGCGGGGUCGCGGCCGCGAGUGAGCAGCGAGAUUGCGCCCGGCCGCGCGGCACGCGGCAGAGGACGGGACGCGCGUGGUGACGCCGGCCGGGUCGCCGGCAGGACGCGGAGCGUGGCCUGACAUGGAGGGGGGCUUCUCGGCGCGGACCUAUGGCACGAGCGCGCCGGACCACAGGCCGCUGUUCGGGGAGACGUCGGCGCGGGACCGAAUCAUCAAUUUGGUCGUUGGCAGCUUCACAUGUUUAUUGAUUCUAGUAACGCUGAUCAGUGCUUUUGUUUUCCCUCACCUCCCUCCCAAACCACUGAAUGUAUUUUUUGCUGUCUGCAUCUCUCUGAGCAGUGCCACAGCCUGCAUACUCAUCUACUGGUAUCGACAAGGAGACUUAGAACCGAAAUUUAGAAGUCUAAUUUACUAUAUCUUAUUUUCAAUCACCAUGCUGUGUGUAUGUGCAAACCUGUACUUCCACGACGUGGGAAGGUGACGCUGUCCAGGAGGAGCCCUGACCAGGGCGCUCGAGAGCCGCCUGUGAAGGCAGGAGAGACUGCCAGGCCAGAUGCGCGGCCUGCACUCCACAGAAGACUGACAUGCGACUUCUGUGAACUGUAAUGCUGAACUGCCUCUUGCAAGGGAGACAUAUCAUAGAUCUUUGCUUUUUCUUUACGGAGCUGAUAUUGCACUUAAAACAUUCCAACCCUUAAAGCUCAAAUAGCACAAGUGAUUUUCACUUUUGAAAUUAAAAUUUUUUACGAUUUAAUUGCAUGGUAAAGGCUCAAAAUCUUGCAUUUUAAGACAAAUAUUCCUUUAUUUCUGUUAAACUGAAUAUACAAUAAUUGUUCCCUAGGCAACCAACUUUUGCAUAUAACUACAAUUUCACGUUAACAAAACACAGACGGUGAAAAGACAACUUUGAUUGUGAAGAUCUAAUUACAAUAAUAAAUAAAAUAAUUUAUACAA